CGAGAGGGGGCGGCUUGAGAGGCGGUGGCAGCGGCGUGGGGAGCCAUGGGUCAGCCCGCCAAGGUUUUACAGCUCUUUAGAACACUACACAGGACCAGACAACAAGUUUUUAAAAAUGAUAAGAGAGCAUUAGAAGCGGCCAGAGUAAAGAUAAAUGAAGAAUUCAAAAAACAUAAAAGUGAGGCCUCUCCGGAGAAAAUAGAAGAGAUGUUGAAAGUGGGUUCCGAUGUUGAACUAUUACUCAGAACAUCUGUUAUUCAAGGUAUUCACACUGACCACAACACCCUGAAGCUGGUCCCCAGGAAAGAUCUUCUAACAGAAAACGUUCCGUACUGUGAUGCGCCAAUUCAGAAGCAGUAAAGUUUCCAGGACAAAACCUGUCUCUGCUCCCUCUGACUUUAAAUAUAUACCUAGCCAAAGUCCUGGACAUGCGAUGUUUCUCUCUGAAGUAGCAUGUUGCGAAUGAGCAGCAGGCUCAGGGCUGCAGAGCACUGCAGUGUUCUGAGGACAUAGAUGUGCCUCCCUCCUCACCAUCAGGCAGCCUGACCUGGCGACCGGAUGUCUGGGGAGGUGGGACUCUUUCCUUCCCCUUUGGUAGGUGUUUUGGUCUUACCAAAGCUAUUUGCCAAUGAAGCACUUUACCAAGUUGGUGACUUUUCAUCCCAUGGGAAACAGUACUGCAAAAUAUAAAACACUACAUUAAAUUGAUGUUUAAUUUCUAAAAUAUUAAGUUGAUAAAAAAAAAGAACACUUUCUGCCAGCUCUCUACUGAAAGUAACCAUUGUUUUCCAAAGUCUUGCGGUUAUUUCUGCAGAUAAAAUAAUGUGGCUUGCUU